AUGCGCCCCGCUGCUAUAUUUCUUAUUCUUGCAGCUGUAAAGACUGGCAUAUCUAGUGCCGUAGACAAGCCAACAUUAGGCUCAACUCCAACUACCAAAGCAAUGGCAACCUCUACCCCGGCAGCUAGCGAACGUUGCCUUCCCAUUGAAGGGACUAAAGGCCGCUGGGAGGCUACAAUCGAUACCGUUGUAUCGAUUGGUUACAACACUGUCAAUGUUGCACUCGCCACUUACACCAUCGUCCUCGCUCAACAACAGCUGCGCGCUGUUGCGGCAUUUCAUCACUUUGCUGGAGGCCAAAGAGCAAAUUUGGCCUAA